AUGAGCAAUAAUAAUCUGCAGGAUUCAGGAGUGAAGCUGCUCUGUGCUGGACUGAAGAAUAUUAAGUGCGAUUUAGAAACGCUGAGGUUUUUGAGUGCUGCUGCUGAUGAAGGCUGUCAGUUUGUGACUGGAAUUGUGGGUAAAAACCCUUUACUUCUGAAAGAACUGAGUCUAAGUGGUCACGAACUAGGAGACACACGAGUGAAUCAACUCUCUGCUCUACUGCAGGAUAAACACUGUCAGAUCAACACACUCAUUCUGAGUCAUUGCAGUAUUACAGAGGAACAGUGUGUGAUCCUGACUUCAGCUCUGAAAUCAAACUUGUCACACCUGAGAGAACUGAACCUCAGUGGGAAUCAAAUAAGAAAAUCAGGACUGAAUCUCUUAUGUGACGUACUGAAAGAUUCACACUGUAAACUGGAGACACUGAGGUUAAAUGAUUGUAAGUUAACAGACAGAAGCUGUUCAACUCUGGCUGCAGUUCUCAGAUCAGAAAACAAUCUGAAAGAGCUGAACAUGAGCUAUAACAAUCUGCAGGAUUCAGGAGUGAAGCUGCUCUGUGCUGGACUGAAGAACAUUCAGUGCAAGUUAGAAAUACUGAGUCUUUCAGACUGCAGUAUCAGUGAAGAAGGUUAUAAAGCUCUGGCUUCAGCUCUGAGAUCAAACCCUUCACACCUGAUAGAGCUGGAUCUCAGAGGAAAUGAUCCUGGACAAUCAGGAGUGAAGGAGCUCACUGAGAUACUGCAGGAUCCACACUGUACACUGAACACACUGAGGUUUUUGAGUCCUGCUGCUGAUGAAUUCUGUCAGUUUGUGACUGGAGUUGUGGAUAUAAACCCGUUACUCCUGAAAGAACUGAAUCUGAGUGAUCAAGAAUUAGGAGACACACGAGUGAAUCAACUCUCUGCUCUACUGCAGGACGAACACUGUCAGAUCAACACACUCAUUCUGUGGAGAUGCAGUAUUACAGAGAAACAGUGUGUGAUCCUGACUUCAGCUCUGAAAUCAAACCCAUCACACCUGAGAGAACUGAACCUCAGUCUGAAUAAUCUAGGAGACUCUGGAGUGAAAAACCUCAGUGAUUUACUGAUGGAGACACAGUUCAAGCUGGAGAUACUAGAUCUGUGGGAUUGCAGUAUUACAGAGAAACAGUGUGACAUCCUGACUUCAGCUCUGAAAUCAAACCCAUCUCACCUGAGAGAACUGAGCCUCAUCUGGAAUAAACUAGGAGACUCUGGAGUGAAAAACCUCAGUGAUUUACUGAUGAAGCCACAAUUCAAGCUGGAGAAACUAAAUCUGUGUGAAUGCAGUAUUACAGAGGAACAAUGUGUGAUCCUGGCUUCAGCUCUGAAAUCAAACCCAUCACACCUGAGAGAACUGAACCUCAGUGAGAAUCAAAUAAGAAACACAGGAGUGAGUCUCUUAUGUGAUGUACUGAAGGAUUCACACUGUAAACUGGAGACACUGAGAUUGUUUGGCUGUGGCAUCACAGAUGUUUCUUCUUUAACUCAGUGUUUAAUGAGCACUAAAGCUCUGCAGUUUCUAAAAGAGCUUGAUCUGAGUUUUAAUCACAUUGGAGACUCAAAGCAGAAGCUCAUUGAUGUGAUGCGAGACUCAAACUGUAAACUGAUAAUAGAGAAUUAGUUGCCGAACCCUGAAGACUCUGGAUGCUGUAUAUCAUAGUCAGCUGUAAAGAUGUGAGAAUCAGUGAACAUCAGUUGAGGAUCCACAGAAGAGUCUCAAUACUGUGGUAAAAUGUGGGAUUAAAAUGUAAAGAUAAAUGUUAAAUCAGGUGAAGAGACUCAGAAUGACAAGCAAAUAAUGCAGCGUGUGUUAAAAACAUGAUAUUGAAUCAGAAAAUAUUUUCAUGUGGAAUCAAACAUUCAUUAUGCAAUUAAAUGUUUCUAAUUAUUUGUGUCAUUUUAAGUGCAGCUCUUAAAUGUUUCAACAGUAAAACUGAAACGAGAACAUUUUGUUUUAAAAAAGGUGCAUAACCACUCUUACAUUUCAUACAUAGCAGAUCUUUAUUACUGUAUUAUAGUUUAUUUUAUAUUAUCCUGGCUCUAUAUGUCUGUUGCUGAUGCUAUUAUUUAAAAAAAAAAAGGUAAUUAUUCACACUCAAUUGCUUCGUACUGUUUUUAUUUUUCUUACGUUAUACGGGUGAAUAAAAGACAGAUGUUUCUGCACAAAGCCUUCAUCAGUGCGACUCUGUUGCUGAUGCACAAAUAUUCAGUCUAUUGUGUUUGUUCUGGAUGGAGUUUCUCCUUCGUCAUUUCAGAUCAGUUUUACUAUUUUAACCAGUUAAAGCAUUUGUGUCAUUUCUCUGCUCUAGUCACUGUAAUAUAGUUAGUUUAAGCUGUAUAAUUUAUAUUGUUUUUUUUAUUCAUAUUUGUUCUUUUAUUUGAGGUUAAUAAUCAGAUUUCCAGAAAUAACAAUAAGCAUUUAAUAAAUAUAUCAUUUCUUAAUAAUUUUGCCUUAUCAGUUCUUUUACCACACAUCAAGUCACCAAUAAAAGUGUGAUUACUUUUUUACAA